CCCCCACUCCGCGCAACGGGGGAUGAUCGCACCACGUUGUGUUAAAAUGGUCAAGCAUCCUCGAGGCAGUUACACAGUGCUUACAACUGUCUCUGGAAGUGAAAGCACCAGAAAAUAAAUUAAGUCAUACGUAGCUGUCAUCCGUACGCAAGGAAGUAAGCACAAGAUGCCGAACACCCUUAGCAGGAUGCAGCUCACCCUUCAUGCGACUCGCCGAAUACCUCACGGCGCCUCGCGCUUGGUGAUGUGAGAGCCGGGUCCGGUGAGAACCCGGCGUGCUCCGUCCCGGCUUUGUAGGGAUGCGAGGUCAAUGGUCUAACGACUACGGCAUACACGACUAUGAGUACACCCCCCCCCCUUUUUCCCCGCACUGUUAAAAUGACAACGCUGAGACUGUACGAUGCGCGGCAGAACCUGUCCAAGAGGGUAAUCCCCAGCAAGAUGGCCCAGCUGGACUGCUGCUUCAAGGACACCUCGGCCACGGGCUUCUGCGGGGGGCUGGACAAACAAGUCAAGCAAGUCGACCUCGAGACCGGAGCGGUGACCCUGCUGGGGUCCCACGACAAGGCGGUGAGGUGCGUGGAGUACAACGCCAGCACGGGGACGGUGCUAACGGGGGGCUGGGACGCCAAGCUCAACGCCUGGGACCCGAGGUCGAAGCAGGCGCUCGUGCAGUCGAGGCCCGCGCCUGGGAAGGUCUUCACCAUGUCCGUCUCGGACAUGCGCGCCGUCGUCGGUACCUCGAACCGGCACAUCUGGGUGUACGACAUGCGCAGCCUGGCGGAACCGGAGCAGCGGCGCGUCAGCAGCCUCAAGUACCAGACGCGCUGCGUGAGGAUAUUCCCGGACCAGAAGGGUUACGCGGUGGGGUCUGUGGAGGGGAGGGUGGCCGUCGAGUACUUCGACACGUCCAAGGAGUCUCAGGACAACAAGUACGCCUUCAAGUGCCACCGCAAGGGGGACCAGGUUUUCCCCGUGAACGCGAUGGCCUUCCACCCGGUAUACGGGACCUUCGCCUCCGGCGGCUGUGACAAGAUGGUGAACAUCUGGGACGGGAAGAACAAGAAGCGUCUGUGGCAGUCGAGCGCGUACAACACGGGGAUAUCUUCCCUGUCCUUCAACCACGACGGCACACGCCUCGCGAUCGCCUCCUCCUACACCUUCGAGCAGGGUGCCAUCGCUCACCCGAAGGACCAGAUCUUCGUGAGAGACGUGAUGGACUCCGACGUACGGCCGAAGGCGCGCAAGUGA